GAUUUGGCCACCCUGAAAUAUAUCUCUUUACCUUGAUUGUUUUCUCUGAGGAACAUUUGACCUCCCCCACUAACUGCCUAAAGAAUUUGACAUGGUGGCUCCUUCCUGGAACAGAUCUUCUAUCAUGAUGGCUGUAAAGAUAAUGUAGGAUAGAGGUUACAAUAGGAAAGGCACCAAGCCUCUUUUAUCAAAAACUCUGUCUCUCCCUGACCACAUUAUCUAUAGAUGACCCUGAAAAGAAUUGUCCUCCUGCCCUCUGAAGUCCCAGGCCACUACCCACCCCCAACACGCUCCUCGCCUUUAGCUGCAAUACUUAAGCAAGCAGCUUAGACAGAGGGACAAGUUGCUCAUUUCUGAGUUUCUCCCAUGUAUACAUGUUAUUAAACUUGGUAUUAUUUUCUCCUGCUAACCUGUCUUGUUAAUUAUUUGGCCAGCCAUAAGAACCUUAAGGAAAAGGGCAGAGGGAGAUUCUCUCUCUUCCCCUGACAGUUUUGGCGUAGUCGCCAGGAGCCACACUGGCUGGCAAGUUGCCUUGUCUGGCUGGAAGACCUGCCUUCUCCCUGGUCUACUGCAGAUGAUGAGAUAUGGGAACGCCUGACGAAAGCCGGCAAAAGAUCAGGAAGUUCAGACUGAGGAAGUGAGUGGCUCACAAUCCUAAAGUAAGUGGUGGAACCAGGAUUGGAAGUCUGAACACAAACCCUGUGCUUUCACUCCAGUUCACAGUGUCCUGACACUACCAGUCCAGUAAACCAAAAGAUCUUUCAGGACUCAGCCCUGAGGGAUCACCUUUGCUCCAGCACAAACCCCUAAGAAGGGAACUGACUCCGAAUAGGGCUUUGGUAAAGGCUGUUUAUAUAAAUGGAUGAGUAAAAAACUGAACAGAACAACUGAACACCAACCCUCUGGGGGCUGCAGAAGGAACCGUGUAAAGAUGGACUGAAGCACAGCCUUCAGCUGGGGCAUUUAAGACGCAGAACACACGGUUGCAGCCACAGCUGCAGGAGCCAGAGGCAGACCUUGACAGGCUCAGGAAGUCUGGAAGAAGCCACCCUCAAGAGCAGAGGCGGCAACAGCAACAGCAGCAGCACCACUCCAUCUGCCCCCGCUGCCAGGAAACAAUGCUCCUCGCGACGUUUAAGCUGUGUGCUGGCAGCUCCUACAGACACGUGCGCAACAUGAAGGGGCUGAGGCACCAAGCUGUGCUGGCCAUUGGCCAGGAGCUGAACCGGAUGGCACUGGGGGGCCCGACCCCAAGUGGGUGGAUCAACCAGGUUCGGCGUCGGAGCUCUCUGCUUGGUUCUCGGCUAGAAGACACUCUCUACAGCGACCAGGAGCUGGCCUAUAUCCAGCAGGGAGAGGAGGCCAUGCAGAAGGCUCUGGGCAUCCUCAGCAACCAGGAGGGCUGGAAGAAGGAGAACCAGCAGGUAAGGGCAAAUGGGGACAAAGUGCUGAGUAAAGUGGUUCCAGACGUGGGCAAGGUAUUCCGGUUGGAGGUGGUGGUGGACCAGCCUGUGGAGAGGCUUUAUGAAGAGCUUGUGGAACACAUGGAGGCCAUGGGAGAGUGGAACCCAAAUGUCAAGGAGAUCAAGGUCCUGCAGAAGAUUGGAAAGGAUACAGUCAUCACCCAUGAGUUGGCUGCAGAAUCAGCAGGAAACCUUGUGGGGCCCCGUGACUUUGUGAGUGUGCGCUGUGCCAAGCGCCGAGGCUCCACCUGUGUGUUGGCUGGCAUGGCCACACAUUUCGGGGAGAUGCCUGAGCAGAAAGGUGUCAUCAGAGCCGAGCAGGGUCCCACUUGUAUGGUGCUCCGUCCCCUGGAUGCAAGUCCCUCAAAGACCAAACUCACUUGGCUGCUCAGCAUUGACCUCAAGGGAUGGCUGCCAAAGACCAUCAUCAACCAGGUCCUAUCACAGACCCAGGUGGAUUUUGCCAACCAUCUGCGAAAGCGCCUGGAGUCCAGCCCUGCUCCUGAAGCCAGGUGUUAAAGACCAGCUUGCUGCUCCCAACUCUUCCUAGCUGCACUGGCUUGCAAGCUCAUCAGGAAAAUCCCUCCUAGAAGCCUGCAAGUCUGUUUAAGAUCUUUAUCUGAGGACAGUGCGAUGAGGUGGUAGUGUAUUUAGAGUAUGAUACUAGGACUCAGACUGGUAAAAUUUUAGUACCAAGAAAACGUGGACAAGGCUCUUAAAGAGAAAGAGCCUUCCAGCUUCUUCACUGAUUAGCUGUGAAAUGAAGGUUAAGGGUCCCAAAAUAUUUGCAAAACUUUUUAUGGGCCUAACGUCUACCUAAAAACAUCUUAAAAAUGCUACUAACUGAUAUAGGGUGCAGAGGGUGCGAAAUACAAAGACUGGAACCUCACGCUUUAUGGGCUCAAGAGCUCCAUUCCCUGCAGGCAGUGUGUGUGGACAUUCAGGGUCUUACAGAGGGGCUCCAGCAACCCUCUGCUCCUCCACCAAGUAGGAAGAGAACUGCACCACAGAGUAAGCAACCCUCACAGUAGGUACCUGCCAGAAACUUAGUCCAGGUUUUCUUGACAAAAAAAUACAAAACUAAUUAUUAGACUGGUUCCCCUACUUCUUCCAUGAGCAACAGUCAGAAUAAAGAAUCAUAAUUAACACAAAAACUUCAGUCUGUACCUCUUUCAAAAUUCUACUCCUAGGAAAAAAAAAAUCUAUUCUAGUAAAUUGCAACUUCAUACUAAAGGAGUCCUGGGCAAAGAUUUUAAUUAGUUAAAUAAACUAAAUCCUCUAGCUCAUUAAAAGGAAAAACUAUUGAGGACUUAUGUCAUUCAAUUAUUUGGAAUCUGUUACCAGAAUCUUUCAUAAAAAUUUAAUUUCCAUGAUAAGCACAAGCCUAAAUCAGUUCUUGAGUUCUCUAUAACUGUUAGCUGAUUAAUGGGCAUUGAAAAAUGAAGAUUAUGACUGAGGAUUUUUAUUUACCUAAUUAAAAGGACAGUCCCAAAUAUGAGAGAAUGAACGGUAUUACUAAGAUAAAAUUAAACAAAAACAAAUUUUAUUAUUUUCCCAUUAGUGACUGUUUAGACCUAAAGAUGG